AUGGGGACGACUUCCUCUAGCAUUAUGCACUCCGCGAAAUGUAGGCAGAAGACGUCUAUGCAAUUUCCACAAUCUGAUGACUUUUCCCUUAUGUUUUGGACUGACCAAUGCAGAGAAUGUAAUGCCGUCGACUUGAACGCUUCUGUGGGACCUACAAUGUCGUUGUGCAUCUAUGAAAAUGGCUUUUUAAAGUUGCGGUGGAGCAAGCCAUUCCAGUUAGGACCCUUGUUAGCUCCACGCAUGAUUGCAGUCCGAGUGAAGAUGGCGAUGGUCCCAGCUCGACCUCAACUGCUAGCCUCUAGGCGCCCUCCAGUGAUCAUGGCAUCUGAACAAAGUUUCUGGAACUCUGCAAAGAGCUUCUUCUCGUUCAGUACUCUCGAAGUCUGCCCCAGACCAAAGGAAGGAGACCGUAAAGAAGCAUCUGCAAGAGCAAACAGCGAAAAGGAACGAUACAGGCCUGCUAAGGUUGUGAACGCCGACAACACGUAUGUGUACGAUUUCGGAUCGUUGAAUAUGCCGUAA